CUUCCAUUAUUCUUCACACAGCGCAGCUCACUCUCAACCUCCGAUCCUUCAUCUUCCGCUUCUGCGUUUCAGGGGAAGCCAUAGCAAACAUAAUAGGGCCAAAGGGAAAUGUCGGUCAAGCCAUUAGGGUAUUUACACAGGUUUCAUGAUUUUGAGAGAGACGGUGAGAGGAAAACAGAGUAGGUCAUCGGCACUGGGUGGGAUACGGUGCUUCAGCGAGUGAUAAUCUCCAGUCAGCCUGUAUCCCUGAAUAAGGCAAUUGAUCCUCACCACCGAUCUCGCUAGGUAUCCAGGUAAUUUUGAAAACCCGUUUAGUAUUUUGAUGAUGAUUUCCAAGUCGCUUUGAACAGUGAACGAUUGGUAACUUGUGGUUAUCGUUGUUUGAAUUGAGGGUUCAAUGGCCAAAAUUUCUGCCUCUAGAGGGUUAACUGCUGUCAGUGGGAAGGCUAUUGCAUUGAGAAAGAUACUUUCAGAAGUAUGCAAUACAGCACCUCCUCAGCUUUUGUUAUCGAAGAAAGAGGCGUCUGUGUUCAAAGUUUUCUUAGGUUGUCUCCUUUCACCAGCAACCCUGCCUCCUCCGGUAGUGGCCCAAGUCCUCUGCCCCCUCCCAGCAGAAUGCACGAAGCAUCCACACGCCGCUUCUCCUCCUAAAAAGUAUUUUUUAAAAGCAAUGUUAAGUUUUUGUUUUGGUGUUGCUUUAAUUCUCCACAAUCAAUGAGUACUCUGAAGAUGAUAUACUGCAAAUACGUGAAGAAUGGGUCUCAUAUGUAGCAAACCUACUGAAUGAGCUGAAGUGACGAACGUGAAUAACUGUGCUAGAUGGAUUUUUGUGAAGCUUGUAGCAUUAUGGCUGUUAAGUAGUACAAAUGGUUGGAAGGACAUAAGAUUUUGAUGAUUGUGAUGUACUUUAUGUUUUUCCGGAACAUAUGUAAUGACUACUUAAUGUUUGCAGCCCUAUGUAGCUAGACUACAAUUCAAGAAUAUUGGUAUUUUGGAUUUUGCUUUGUUUUGAAAACAAGCUAGGUUAACUUAUCUUUGAAUUUUCAUGUUGAAUUGACUUUGAUUUGAAUCUAUAUGACAAUUAUAGAAUACUUUGAAUGAUUAUGAAUUUGUUUUAUAUUUGUCUACAA